UCCAGUCGCAGCCACAUCGGCCCUAUCUCCUCCUCCUCGCCCAGAUCCGCUUCUCCUCGAGCAUCAUGGCCAUCCCACCGGCCAGCUCGCCGCUGUCCAUCUACACGACGCUCGGCCUGGUGGCCGCCGGAGCACGCGGCAAAACCCUGGAAGAGCGCAUGGCCCUGCUUGGCGCCUCGUCCACUGCCGAGGUCGCCGGGUUCGUGAGCGGCCUCGCCGCCGACCCAUCCUGCCUACCCACACACCGCCGCAGUCCUACAUGGCGGAGAUACGUACAAUCGACUUUGCCGACGUCUGCACUCUCAUCUUUCUUUGUUGCUGCCGGUGCUUGGUCUCACGUUGUAAUGAAUUCGUGCAUGUAAGGGUGCUUCUAAUAUACGGUACAACUAUGUUGUGUCACAUGAUAAUUUUCUUCCAUAGUUUUUCUUUUGCAACGGAGCUUAAGUUGGACAUACCAGUCAAGUAAUACUCCUGUUCGGCCAUCCUCGUCCGUUGAUGCUCUCGCGGCUACAACACACACUCUGCCUCCCUCGUUGCCGCCAGCUACUGCGUCAUGGCCACCGCCACGAUCCUAUUCGGCGCCAACGACAUAUCCAUGCUCGACCGAGAGCGUGUUUCAGCACGCCCCGUCGACGAUCACGAAGCAAAGUUUGUUGCACAAUGUCAUAAGAACCAGGGGACUGGUGACCUUUGCUUCACCAAGGGCUUCUCUGCGGCCAUCCAGGGCCAGUGUGUAGAUGGAGACGGCAACAACGAGGUGGCUGCUAGGGGUAGCGGCGGCACUGGCGAGGACGUCUACCGGCAGCAACAACAUCCCCUCUCCCAUCAGCAGCUAUGCCACAAUUCUACUCGAGAAUUGAAACAAUAUUGAUACAAUCAGGAAGCAACUAACAUGAAUAUGUGCUUAUGUGUCGGUGCUACUAUUGAAGCAGGCAAUGAAACUAAAGGGUGCAUUUUUUGCUCUUCUUUUUAUGUUGACGAAGCACUGAAUAAUAUUCUAUGAAUCUCUGUAAAAUUUCUA